CAUCAAAUCCUAGCAAGUUGGUGCAUGCCAUGGUGCAUGCGAUUGAUGUGAAGUAGGAAAUGGCGCGUAUUGCGUUCUCUGUGUAGCGACACGCAUCAUUCGGUCAUUGUCACUGUAAAAAUUUGAAACACUUGUCUUCCCAUCAAGCUUUUGGUGCCUUCUUAACACCAAGUUUUGUGAUUGUUUGACGUUCAAGCACUCGUCGUUGUGCGUGUCCCCACGUGAGCGAAAAUGAGCACUGCCGCGCGAAAAUUCUGCACGUUGUCUGCAGAGCUGUUUCUGCGUAGUCGGCCUAGCGCGCCUCUGUUGCGGCGGUUGUACUGUGAAGAAAGGCCAACUACUUUCGAAAAGAGCAUCAAUCAGGUAACUCUCUUGGGUCGCGUUGGAAUAGAACCCCAGCUACGAGGCACUGAUGCGAAUCCGGUUGUUGUGUUCACAUUGGCCACAAACAGCAACUACCGCUAUGAAACUGGUGAAGUACAGCAGAAGACCCAGUGGCACCGUAUCAGCGUGUUCAAACCGUUUCUUCGCAACUCGGUGCAUCAGUACACACGCAAAGGUUCUCGAGUGCUGGUCCAGGGACGUUUGGUUUAUGGCGAGAUAACAGACGCCAAAGGUGCAACCCAUGUGACCAGCACGGUGGUGGCAGAUGAUGUCAUUUUCUUGGGCCAAAGUGCGAGAGCAGCCAGCACUGACGAGGAGAGCCUUGCAGACGCUAAAUUUCAAUGAACAAAACGUACGCCAUGCGCCAUGGCUGCAAAGUAGAGAAUUGUAAGUUGUUUAUCGCUUUUUAUUAUUUUUCCCCCCUUUUUUGACCGGAGAAGAAAUUCCCAAAGUUUAAUUAAGCCAAUUUCUGGUAGCCAGCUUUUAUGCUUGUAUGGGAAGCUACAGUUUUCCAUCUGUACUUGUAGCCUUUCUUGCUGUUCUGUGCCUUUGGGUUUGUGUUGUUGAUAUUAAGUUCACCUAGAAUGG